AUGACUUCCAAGGAGGAUGGCAAGGCGGCGCCGGGGGAGGAGCGGCGACGCAGCCCCCUGGACCACCUGCCGCCGCCCGCCAACUCCAACAAGCCGCUGACGCCGUUCAGCAUCGAAGACAUCCUCAACAAGCCGUCGGUGCGGAGAAGUUACUCGCUGUGUGGGGCGGCGCACCUGCUGGCCGCCGCGGACAAGCACGCGCCGGGCGGCUUGCCCCUGGCGGGCCGCGCGCUGCUCUCGCAGACCUCGCCGCUGUGCGCGCUGGAGGAGCUCGCCAGCAAGACCUUUAAGGGGCUGGAGGUCAGCGUCCUGCAGGCAGCCGAAGGCCGCGAUGGAAUGACCAUCUUUGGGCAGCGGCAGACACCCAAGAAACGGCGAAAAUCCCGCACGGCCUUCACCAACCACCAAAUCUAUGAGUUAGAGAAGCGCUUCCUGUACCAGAAGUACCUGUCCCCUGCAGAUCGCGACCAAAUUGCGCAGCAGCUGGGCCUCACCAACGCGCAGGUUAUCACCUGGUUCCAGAAUCGGCGCGCCAAGCUCAAGCGGGACCUGGAGGAGAUGAAGGCCGACGUGGAGUCCGCCAAGAAACUGGGCCCCAGCGGGCAGAUGGACAUCGUGGCGCUGGCGGAACUGGAGCAGAACUCGGAGGCUUCAGGCGGCGGUGGCGGCGGCGGCUGUGGCAGGGCCAAGUCGAGGCCGGGUAGUCCGGCGCUUCCCCCAGGCGCCCCGCAGGCCCCGGGCUCUGGGCCUUUGCAGCUCUCGCCCGCCUCCCCGCUCACGGACCAGCGGGCCAGCAGCCAGGACUGCUCUGAGGACGAGGAAGAUGAAGAGAUCGACGUGGACGAUUGA